UUGUGUCAUAUUCUCUUCCGUUUACCUUUUAGGUCAAUUUAUGACUGGACUGUUCCUUUGAAAGAAGCUUUAUCUAGAUGACUCAUUCAGACAUAAGUGAAAGGGUUAAGAACUACAGGAAGAAAUCACAUGUUGGCACCAAACAGAUAGUGAAAUCGUGCUGUUGCAACACAGAGAGAGGCAAAUUCAUGUAAAUCAUUGCACAAAACAAAUUGAAUCAUCUUUUAUUUACUGCCUAAUUUCACUCAACAGAGAAAAGUAGAAAAAUCCUUGAAUAUGUCCAGCUCUUUCUCAUCCAUCUUAAAGAAUAGGGUCCCUGCAUCCUGAUUCCUUUUUCCUGAAAUUCCAUUUGGAAACGAGGGUCUAUUGGGGGAAUUUCUGGUUUGGAAACCCCAGCUCUGGUGGGAGGAGCAUAGAUAUAAAGCAAUGACUUCGAGGUGCUUUCACUCUUUGAAUGUAGCUCUCAGGCAGUCAAGUGUUUAGCUUGUCUCCAAUCCAGUUCAGCAUGAAGCUUAAUCCACAGCUCAUCUGCCAGCUCGCCCUCCUGAGCUUGUUGUGUCUGCUGCAAGCCGUGAGGGAAACGGACGGCGUUUAUGUCCCAGGGAGAUGUUUGUGCCCUCAGACAAUACCCGGUGUCAGGGGGCGACUAAAAGAGCUCUUGGUUCUCCCAAGAAGUGCCAGCUGUAACACCAUCACAGUCAUAGUGACAAUGAUGAACAAUGCGAGAGUGUGUUUGAAUCCAGAGCAACCUAUGGCCAAACAGCUGAUCCGCUGCUGGGAUAGAUCUGAGAGGUUGGGCCUGGACAAAAAGCGUUGUUUGAAGAGGAGGAGGGUGAGGAAAGGAGGUCGGCAGCAGCGGCAAAGACAGAGGGGACAAGCCCUUGGGACUAACAUCUCCUCCUCAGCCUCACAAUAGUCAUGCAGAUUGGAAAAUAGUGUAAAGUUAUUCCAUUGGAGAGUGUCUUUUGUUGUUUUUUUUUGACUGAUCCUUGCUGGAGCUGCAUUUUUGCAGUAACUUCCAUAUGCUGUAGCGCACCUCAGACAGCAUGCUUCCUUCAGUUUCUGUUUCAGCUAUAAAGCUUUUUUGAAGGCAGCGUAUGUGUAUAUAUAUAUUUUUUAUUUUCCUUUAUAAACAACUGAUGUGAGCAUUGUUCAAAAAGAAAGCCCAGGAGGCUUUUUAAUUAAGGUGACAGGUUUGGAUUUAUAACCACUUUUUUAAUAUAUUUGUUAUGCAUUUCUUACCUGUAGUGAAUGUGCAGCUAGAAAUAGCAAAUUUUUGUUUGCUAUGAUUUUAAUGAAUAUAUAUAUUUGUAUAUGUAUAAAUGAUGGGAACUUUAUAGAUGUUUUUAUAAAUAAAUAUUUAACUAUAACGGU